UAUGUGCAACCGGAUCGCGGACACGGACAUAUCGCCGGAGACGGAGAAGCGGUACUGGAGCAAGCAUUCCAUAUACAGAGUGCCUUCCCACAUCAAAAAUCUCAACCGCGACGCAUACUCGCCACAGGUCGUGUCCUUCGGCCCGUUCCACCACGGUGAGCCACAUCUGCGGCCCAUGGAGGAGCACAAGCAGCGGGCGCUGAUGCACUUUGUCAAGCGCGUCAAAGUGCGGUUCGAUGACCUCGCGGCGGCCAUGUACGAGGAGGUGCAGCAGCUGCAGGACGCGUAUCAGAAACUGGAUGAGGUGUUCAUUAACGAGGAUCGAUUCGUGAAGCUUAUGAUCGUGGACGGGUGCUUCAUGUUGGAGGUGAUGCGGGAGACCGCAUACCUGGCCGGCAACUACGCGUCCAACGACCCGAUAUUCAGCAGGCAUGGGCUGCUCUACAUCUUUCCGUGCAUACGGAGCGACAUGCUAAUUAUCGAGAACCAGCUGCCUCUGCUGCUCCUGAAGAAGCUCGUUGCUGUCGAAACCGGACAACCGCCGAAUGGGGACCGGAUCAACAGGCUGGUGCUCGAAUUCCUGGCAACAGCUUCGCAGCCCCUGGCGGCAGGCGUGGGCAUGGGCCUGCACCCUCUGGACGUGUUCCGGAAGAGCAUGCUCCUCCAAAGCCCACCCCGUUGCUCGCGUCCCCUGACCGAUGCCGAGCUGGCCUCAAGCCACAUCAUCCGGCCAGCCGUGGAGCUUUACGAGGCCGGCCUCCGUUUCAAGAAGAGCGAGACCCAGAGCCUGCGCGACAUCCAAUUCAGUCACGGCGUGCUCAGCCUGCCGGUCAUCAUGGUGGAUGACGGGACCGAGUACAUGUUCCUCAACCUCAUGGCCUUCGAGAGCCUCCACAUCGACGCCGGCGCCGAGGUCACCUGCUACAUGUACCUCAUGACCGGCAUCAUCAAUUCCGCCAAGGACGUGAGCCUGCUGAAUUCCCAAGGGAUCAUACGGCAUCUCAUCGAAAGCGACAAGGCGGUGGCCGAGAUGUUCAACAGGCUGUCCAAGGACCUGGUGCUCGACCCGGAGAGCUCGCUCGACGACGUGCACCGCAUGGUCAGCAGCUACCGUCAGAAGCCGUGGAGAAGGUUGCGCGCCAACCUUGUCCGUACCUACGCCUACUUCAGGAGCCCCUUGGCAGCUGUUCCCCUCGCCGCUGCCAGCAUUCUUCUCUUCCUGACUAUCAUGCAGACUGUUUACACCGUGCUGUCGUACUACCAACAGAACAACUUUUCUUCUGGGCCGCCGCCGCCUUCUCCGCCGUCGCUACAUUGAAUCGAGUUUGAUGCAUGGUUCUUAAUUUCUUAUAAUAGUUGGUGUGUGAGCUUUUCCUUUUAUUUUGUUUGAUUGAAACACUGAAUGAUUUUUUUUUUUUUCCUGCAGUUUCUCUUAUGUUCUUGAUGAGAUUGGUUUCGAGUUUCGACAUGAUAAAUGGUUCUGUUGUGUGGUUGCUUUGUGAAGAAGAUGA